AUGUCUGGAUCUAAUCAAUUUCCUGCUCCGCAGCCAGACCCAAGGCAUGUACAGCAGUGGACCUUGACAGACCAGUCUGAUGAGGGACAACGGCACAUGCCUAUCGCUGAUGGCAAAUACCACGACCGAGAUACAGGGGAGGUCAGGUCGGUUGCCCCCGGAGACCGUUUGGUGUCUGGACCUCCGGCGAUCGACCAGUAUUGGCACAACAUAGGCGCCGCUUCGAGAGAUGAGUUCAGCAAGAUGAGAGGGUCGUUCCACAAAGACAUUACCGAGUUCAUGAUUCGUCUCGGGGACUUCCUCCAAAAGGGAAACUGCAAGAUCCAUUCUGUUAACGCGACCGAGUUCUCCGUCACAGUCAUUGUCAAAACGGUGCAGAAAACACACGAAAUCAACGAAGAUUUGAAGGCCUGCCGACUGAUUUACACUCUCGAUUAG